GGUUGUAAAAGGGUAACAGACCAGUUAUUUGCGUAUUAAAUAUCGGAACCUCCUAAAACCCUAAACCCACGUCGUACUUAUCGCCGCCGCCGACUCAUUCCUCCGCCAGUAAUCGUCUACAUCCGCUGAAAUUCGAAGGGAUUGGGGAUCAGCGAAGAUGUACCUCCAGUUCUACAUCAAUGAGAAUGGGGACAAGGUCUAUACCACCAAGAAGGAGACGCCAGUGGGAUUGCCAACCCAAUCUGCACAUCCGGCUCGUUUCUCUCCAGACGACAAGUAUUCAAGGCAACGGGUGCUUCUGAAGAAGCGUUUCGGUCUGCUUCCAACCCAAAUGGCGCCGCCAAAGUAUUAAACCAUUUCGAUCAGCCACCUUUCUUGUUAUAUCAGUACUAUCUGAAUGAUCUGGAUAAAGUGCAGUAAAAGUGCUUAUCUACACUGCCUUCAUCUAAGUGGCUCUUGGAUUAUAUAUACUGGAAGUGUUCCUUAAUAACUAACGAUGAUUUAUGAUUGUAUUUGCUUGUGUUUGAUUUAAUCGUAGGAGCAGUUAUGUAAUUUUAGUUCUGAAGUAUUUAGAGGAAACAUUCCAUUAUAAGUUUGAUUUAAAGCUUAAAAAUA